AUGGCUCACCACAGAAGAAAAGCAGAUCGUGAAGUCGACCAUUCCGCCCUCGAACAGCAUGGGGUCGAAAUCACGACACUCUUUUACAAGCGCAUGCUCGAAGCCCACCCCGAGCUGAAGAAUAUAUUUAAUACCGCCCAUCAAGCGACCGGGGAGCAGCCCAAUGCCCUGGCCCAUGCCGUAUGGGCUUAUGCCGUGAAUAUUGACCACCCAGAAGCCCUCGCCGGUGCUGUGUCUCGCAUUGGUCAUAAACACGCGAGCUUAGGUGUCACAGCCGAUCAAUAUCCAAUCGUUGGUAAACAUCUCCUCGCUGCGAUCAAGGAGGUUCUGGGCCCAGCUGUCACUGCCCCGGUAGUUGAUGCAUGGGGUGCAGCGUACCAAGAGCUCGCUGAUAUCUUCAUCACUUUCGAAAGCAACCUUUACCAGCAAAGUGUUAAUACCCCAGGUGGAUGGAAAGGAUGGCGGAAAUUCUUCAUCUCCGAUAAAGUCUCAGAGAGCGACGAGAUUAUCUCUUUCCAUCUUAGCCCAGUUGACAAAGACGCUCUUCCACACUAUGAGCCUGGUCAAUUCCUCAGCGUUCGAUGCUUUGUUCCUGAGCUGGGAUCAUAUCAGCCUCGACAGUAUAGUCUAUCAGACUCUCCAAGUCCGGAUCACUUUCGGAUUUCCGUGAAGCAGGAAUUCGCAAGUGGCCCGAAACCCGCCGGUCGGAUCUCCAAUGUACUACACGAAUCCCUUCCUGUUGGCGCCGAGCUAGAUGUGAGCAUGCCAUUCGGUGACUUUGUUCUCGAUAUCAAUGCUACUUCCCCAGCUGUCUUGAUCAGCGGUGGCGUGGGUCUUACUCCGACGAUGUCGAUGCUGAAGACUAUAAUUCAACAACAAGGCCAAGCCCGACAGGUCGUUUUCAUCCAUGCCGCAAGAAACGGUCGCGUUCAUGCCAUGAAGAAGGAUCUCACCCGAAUCACUGCAGAUCAUCCAUCAGUCAGCCGCAUCGUCUUCUACGAGGAGACCACAGAUCGCGAUAAGCAGGGAGUGGACUACGACCAUGUCGGUCGGGCCGAUCUGGUCAAGGUCAGAGAAGAAGCUGUCAUUCCGGAUGCCGACUACUAUAUUUGUGGGCCACAGCCGUUUAUGAAGGCGCAGAGUAUGAGUCUCGAGGCAAUGGGAGUUUCCUCGGAUCGAAUCCAUAUGGAGGUUUUUGGAUCCCCGUCAGACUAG